AGCACACGAAGUAAAAAAACGUAGCAUUAAUCAGCCGGUUCGAAUUCUGCUGUCAUACGACGAAAGCGUCUACAGGUUGGAUGACGAAAAAUUGGAUCUGAUUAAUAAUACCAUUUUACCCGAAGCCGUGCACUUUUGGGAGCGAGCACUAAUGGUCCGUGAAACGAAGAGCACCAUUAGAUUGAGCAGAAAAUGCGAAAGUAGUCAAGUCUUCGUCAAAGAUCAUCACACACACUGCAUAGAUACUUGCCGUCCCACUACAAUGUGCGGUGAAGUGGUCGUCCCUGAAGAUCAUCUCGACGUUUGCAGGACGUGCAAUGCAACGGGACAUAAUUGCGGUAUAGCUGAAGGAAGCAAAGCAGGCCCGGGAAUAGACGGUGCUGAUUUUGUCUUUUACGUAUCCGCAAUGCAAACUGCAAGGUGUCAUAAGGGAUUAACUGUGGCUUAUGCUGCACACUGUCAGCAAGAAGCAGCAUUAGACCGACCUAUAGCUGGUCACGCUAACCUGUGUCCGAAAAGUAUGAGCACAAAACCGCAAGAGCUAGAAACGUUGUUGAGCACCGUAAAGCACGAGAUAUUGCACGCCUUAGGAUUUUCUGUAAGUUUGUACGCCUUCUAUCGAGAUGAAAAUGGCAAGCCAAGAACACCAAGAAGAAGCGAUACAGGGAAACCGCUGUUAAACGAAAAAUUACAAACGCAUCAAUGGAGCGAAAACACGAUCAAGACUAUAGUCCGGCCAUACUGGCAAGUGUACAAUGGUUAUGUGCGAAGGUCAAUGCAAAUGAUAGUCACACCCAAAGUUCGUGCAGAAGUCCAAGCUCACUUCAAUUGUCCAGAACUCGAAGGCGCGGAAUUAGAGGACCAAGGGGAGGAUGGCACGGCUCUAACACAUUGGGAGAAACGAGUUUUUGAGAAUGAAGCGAUGACAGGAACGCAUACUCAAAACCCGGUUUAUUCGAGAAUAACCCUCGCCCUUAUGGAAGACACUGGAUGGUACAGUGCAAAUUAUUCAAUGGCUCAAGAACUAAGAUGGGGUAGAAAUCUCGGUUGCGACUUUGCGAUGAAGUCUUGCAAAGAAUGGAUAUCUACGAAAUCGUCACGACUCUCAGGAAAGUCUAUUCAUCCAUUCUGCAACAAAGUGAAACAAGAUCCGUUACAAACUGAGUGUACCGAUGACCGAAGUUCAGUGGCACUGUGCAACCUAAUUAAAUAUUCACAAACAUUACCCACAAAAUAUCAGAAUUUCGACUCGAUUCCUGAUGUGCCAAUUGGACAGGAACGGUAUUAUGGUGGCUCAGUAUCUCUGGCAGAUUAUUGUCCAUACAUACAAGAAUUUACAUGGAGAGCUCGAAAUAUAGUUGUUAGAGGCUCCCAUUGUUUGUACGAGGAAAAUAAUCCCCACCCAGAUAAAAAUUUCGCUUUAGAAAGGUAUGGUCCACAUUCAAGGUGUUUUGAUCAUACAAAUCAAAUGUGGGAAGAAAGAACAUGUAAACAAGCUCGACAAUGGCAGCACUGGGGUUCUGGAUGUUACCAGUACAAAUGUGAAGCUGGCAGAUUGCACAUUGUGGUUGCAAACUACACAUAUACAUGCUACCACGCUGGUCAAGAAAUUGCUAUUAGAAUAUUGCAGGGUACUUGGCUUCACAAAGGUGCUUUAAUUUGCCCUUCAUGCCGAGACAUUUGUCAGGCGGAGUUAAAAGAAAAACGUGAACAUUGUAAGCCAGGAGAUGAACAUCCACCUCCAACCUAUUAUCAUAGAGAUAACCUAUAUUGUGCGUCUGCAGGUACAUUUACAAAUAUAUCGGCGUUCAUUGCUUUGAUAUAUUUCUUUGUGCUUAGAUGA